CCAGGGUUCGAACGAGGGGUGCCCGGAUACCCUCGCUACCAGUACGCCGGGGACGCCAGCCAGGGGGAACAUCACCUGGUCAUUAAGGGCAUCACUCUUGAGGACGACGGGGAGUACCAGUGUCAAGUAGGACCUACCCAGAGCAGCCUGCCUAUCUGGUCGGCCGCUAACGUUACUGUUAUGGUGUCACCUAGCAGCAUCGCCAUGAUAGGACGGAGUGAGGGAGAGAUGGUAGAGGUAAAAGCGGCCUCCAGCCUCGUAUUGGAAUGUAUUGUGUCUGACUCUCGCCCGCCACCCACCAUCACCUGGUAUAAUAACAAGAAACGGAUAGAACCCAAACAUCAGACGGACGCGAUUAAACCCUCCAAGAAACGUCGCCUGAUGACCGUAGUCAGUCGGCUGGAGUUAACGGCGCAACAGGAAGAUGAUGGCGUAGAGUACUCGUGCAGGGCCAAACACCCAGCCUUGAGGAACACCGCUAACCCUCUCACCGCCUCCGUCACCCUCUCUGUUCUACACCCGCCAGGUAGACCCAUGAUCCACGGCUACAAGACAGGUGAGGUACUCCGGGCGGGGGAGCGUCGUACCCUCACCUGCAGGGUAGUGGGAGGCAACCCUCACCCCUGGGUCACCUGGUACUGGCACGGUCACCCCAACAACCACACCGUCAAGGGCAAGACCAGGAAGAGCGUGUACCUCAAGGCCAAAGCGUCGCCUAGGAACAACAAGAAGAGCCGCGUGGUGACUGUGGUCCAGCAAGUGACAGCCUCCCGCACUGAGGACGGCGCUGUGUACGAGUGUAGGGUGUCCAGUGACCUCCUCCCCCGCCUUCUCUCCACUAACGUCACCCUCACUGUUCACUACGCUCCAACUCAGGUGCGUGUGAGUGGAACGGCAGUGGUGGCGGCAGGACAAGCCUUCACCCUCACCUGUGUCACCACCCCCGCCAACCCACCCGCCACCAUCACCUGGACAGUGGACGGUACUCCAGUAAACACCACGUCCACGGAGGUAACCCGGGAUGACGGAGGAGGCUGGAUAACCUCCUCCCAAUUAACCCAGGAAGCCACGAGGUCAAGACAGACGAGAGAGACGACGGUGAAGUGUGAGGCUCACCAUCUGGAGGCCGGCGACCCUAUCUCACACACCCGUGACGUCACCAUCAUAAGACCCCCAGGACUCCCGGUGGUCGAGGUGGUCACACAGGGUCAGAUAGUGGCCGGCAGGAGCUUCGAGGUCACCUGUACUAGUAAAGGCGGUCAUCCUCCACCUCAGUUCAGGCUGUACAAGAGAGAGGAGGAGCUUAUUGCAGAGACACAGACCCGAGGGGACGUGAGCCUCGCCCGGGCCUCCGUCAGGGUGGUACCUGCAGAUAACGGUGGCGUGGUGCGGUGUGAAGUGAUCAACCCCGCCUCCUCCUCACCACUCACCGCCAACACCACCCUCACUAUCAUCUGUCAGUCUCAACCCAUCAGGUCUCCUGAGUCCGAUGAGGUCGCCCUCUGUAAUUGGUUAGAGUCACCUCAUGCAGUCAUCAGCUCACUCCCAAAGCGUAUCACCCUCCCUCAGCUGCCUCUUCAAACUACUAAGAGCACCAACGUGAGAUCAUCGUUUUCUCCAGAAUUCGAGAAACAAGCUCAUGGGAUUCACGGCUUCAAAACAGCUGCACAAGCAAUAAUCACUGACACCGAAUCAUCGUCUUCUCCGGUCAAGAAGCAAAAAGAUACAGCCUCUCCCAUUCACUUCAACUAG